UUAGUGUCGUAUAUUACAUGUAGUACUGUCAAUGCGGUGUGAAGAGGGAUUUAUUGGGUAUAUGGGAAAAAUUUCCUAUAUAUAAAAUAUUAUUUUAUACACGAAGGGUGAAGGAAAAACCAACAAAUGCGUACAAGGCGCGUACAAUUUAUUCUCCACACUUUGCAAUUCAAUUCGUUUCGUGUUAUCAAAUAUUCCGUGGUGAUUGCACGUUUUAUGAGCAAAAUUGGUGGAAGGAGCGAAACUAAUUGGACAUUAUUGUUGAUUAGAGGUCUUAAUUUCCUGUAUUGCAUGUAACCUUUUGCUAAAAAGCAAUGCAAAAGGUGAAGUACAUACAUAUAUAAUUCAAAAUUAGACAGGUAGCAAUUAUUGAUGAUUUUAAUGAAUAAAUUCUUGCGCAUAUAUCUUUCCAAUUUUAUAAAUUUUAAACCUUUGUUGGAUUCGAUACGUCUAACUUUUUUCUCUCAAAAAGAAAAUGUUUUUCUAACUUUCUUGCGCUGAACUUGAAGUAAUUGAACUAGAUUAAACAGCUAAAAUGGACACAAUGACCAGAAAAAUCCUUCAAGGGUUAAACAAGAAUACAUUUCUUGUGGGAUUAAUACGGAAUUUUCACGCAAUUUUCACAAAAUGUCAGAAUUAAUGUAGCAAAUAUUUAUUUCAUUUUAUAGUUCCUUCGUCAAUAUUGGAUUAAAAAACUAAAAUUGCCAUAAAAUAUUAUCUCUUACGACCUGUGAAAUUGAAAUCUUGUUUUAUGGAAUUUAAAGUGUAGGAGACAUUAAUUAGAUUUGAGAAGAUAAUUUCAGCGUAUAAAGGAAUUUUCAUUUGGUUUUGCGGUCAUUUAGAUGAGAGAAUUUACUGCUCUAAUUUGCAAGUCAUUGCUCUAUCAUCCAGUUUUAUUGUGAGAUGGCAUUUUGCUGAAAGGUAAAAUAAUUAUUUCUCAAUCACAGCAAAUAAAUUAUUGGGCUCCUCGGCACUUGCGGAAAACGCACUUGCGGACUUGGCUGAUUUUACGACACUUGCGGACAGAGAAGGCUACCUGGGUACGAAAGGGAUUUACCCUAGACAUAUGCGGACUUCGGAGGGUAGGUAGAAUUUUGAGCAUCGACAAAUUUGCCACUUGCGAACAGUAUGCGGCCAGCAAAAGGGGCCUUCUGUAUGUGUGUGAUCCGAAGGCGCAGUGUGGGUUGUGAAAACUGAUGUGUCCCAACCCAAUCUAUAUAAACGCAUGUAAUUGCAUUCAAUAAACCAGUCUACUCUCAACCCUCGAAUAGUUCAUAUACUUUAUUGGCGACGAGCGGAGCAAAUAACGGCAGAGUGAAAAAAUUGAAAGUGUGGCCGACCGCGUGUGCAUGAGAAAAAAAAGUGAAUUUCCACGAAAAAAGGCAAGAAAAUGCCAAGAAUGGAAGCGGAACAAGCUGGAGAAGCUUCAGGAAGUGGCACGGGAUCAGCCAGGACCCUCACAGAGGGAGUGCAAGGACAUAGUAGCUCAUUUGGCUCAAUUGAACCAUACAUUCACGACGAGGGAGACGAUUUUGAGGAAUAUCUCGAAAGGAUGGAGAGUUUCUUGGACACGAAUAGAAUCACGGACAGCGUAAGGAAGAGAGAUGUGUUCAUCACUUUCGCCGGAAAGGAGAUUUACAAGGCUCUGAAAGCCGCAAUUCAGCCAAGGAAGGUGAGGGAACUCACAUAUAAGGAAAUGACUCAGGUGUUAACCAACAAAUAUGCGAGAAAGAAGAGUCGAAUUGGGCAGAGAUUCAAGUUCCACAAUAGAGUCCAAGCAGAAGGAGAAUCCAUCGAAGAUUUCGCUCAAGAUUUGCAGUUUUUGGCACAGUCUUGUGAGUACGGAAAUGCUCUUGAUGAAUCGCUGCGGGAUAGAUUUGUCUGUGGUCUCAGAAAUACACGGAUUCAGACCAAACUGAUCGAUGACGAUCAAGCCACUUUCGACCAGGUGUUAAGGACGGCACUGAACAUGGAACUCACAGAGGAGAGUGUGAAAAUGAUACAUCCGUUAAAAACGGAAAACAUCGCGAAAAUUGCCCAUGUGAAGCAGAAAGCGCCAUCCAAGCAGAGAAAAGGAGGAACACCAUACAUCAAGUGCUACAAUUGCAACAAGUGGGGAUCCCACGUGGCAGCAGAAUGCAAAGUGAAGAAGAAAUCAUCAAGGAAGGAAUUUUCGAGAAGGGAAUCGUCAAAGAAGGAAGCCAAGAAGAAGCACGAAGUGAAAAAUCUACAGUACAUCGCCAGCGACAGCUCCGACAGCUCAGAAGGAUACCGCAUAGAUAGAGCUGUCCACUCAUUGCGAUUAGGAUCAAUUCUUAAGGAAGGAAAAUUGCGCAACCAUACACCAAAUGAGGUGGAGCGAGAGGGCUCGGUAAGUGAUCCAGUUUAUAUUGAGGUAAGUAUGGGUAAGUAUAAAAUCAAAAUGGAAAUUGAUUGCGGUGCUCAUACAUCAGUAAUGCAUGUAGAUGAUUAUAAAAAAUAUUUCAGCGAGUUCCCAUUGCGAAAGUGUGCGUUAACUUUAUCAGUAGUUACGGGAGAUGAUAUUGCUAUUGUUGGGCAAAUUAAAGGGGAAAUAAAAAUUAAAUUUGGCUCAGGGAGAAAGCAAAAAUUCGAAAAAAUGAGAAUUGUGAUAAUCAGUUGUGCGCAUCGUUUUAUACCACUCUGUGGGCGCGAUUGGAUUAGUAGAAUUUACCCACAGUGGAGAAAUACAUUCAAGUGCAAUGCGAUUAAAGAGAAAGAGAAUAAGAGUGAGGAAAAGAGAAAUACGAAAAUUCUUGCAAAUGUUCUUGAGGAAUAUAAAGAUGUCUUUGAUGUUUCGGACAACAGCCCGGUGAAGCAUUUUAAAGUUGAUAUUGUGCUGAAAGAAGACGCGAAACCCAUUUUUCACAAACCUUACACAGUACCUUUUGGUAUACGCGAUGAAGUGGAAAGGGAAGUAAAUAGGUUGGUGGAAAAUGGUAUUUUAAAACCAGUACAAUAUUCCCGUUGGGCUUCACCCAUUGUGGUAGCCAAGAAAAAAAAUGGCAAAAUAAGAUUAUGUGUGGAUUGUAAAGUUACAGUGAAUAAAUGCAUAGAAGUAGCUCAUUACCCUUUGCCAAGGACGGAUGAAUGUUUCUUGAAUUUGGCAAAUUGCUCGGUUUUUUGUGUGGUAGACCUAGCAGGGGCUUACCAGCAAUUAGAAGUUGCAGCAGAUUCACAAGAACUUUUGACUAUAAAUACCCACAAGGGAUUAUUCCGAUUUUCACGAUUAAUUUUCGGAUUAAGUUCAAGUCCAGCGAUUUUUCAAUCCAUAAUGGAUCAAAUUUUGUCCGGAAUUCCUCAAAUCUCUUGCUUUAUUGAUGAUAUUUUAAUUGGCGGGAAAAAUGUAGAAGAUUGCGAGAAAAUUUUAAGAAAAGUACUUUCGAGGUUGAGGAAAUUUAACGUAAAAGCAAAUAGAGAAAAGUGCGUUUUCUUUAGAAAUUCCGUUGAGUAUUUGGGACAUUUAUUGUCCAAGGACGGCAUAAGGCCAUUGCUGGACAAACUCGAAACAAUUAAAUUAGCGGAAAGACCCCAAAAUGUGACUCAAUUAAAAUCAUACAUUGGCUUGUUGACUUAUUAUGGUAAGUUUAUAAAGAAUCUUGCAGAGAAAUUAUCGCCGCUGUACCAUCUUUUACAAAAAGAAGUUCCUUUUGAAUGGACUGAUUUGCAUCAAAAAACGUUCGAAGAAAGCAAACUUUGGCUGCAAAAAGAUAAUUUCCUGAUUCACUAUCAAAGUGAUUUGCCACUGACGAUCAGCGUAGACGCAUCGGCAACAGGAGUAGGCGCAGUGCUAUCGCACAUAGUAAAUGGGGUAGAACGACCUAUAUAUUUUGCUUCCUCAACGCUGUCAAAAGCGGAAAGAGGAUACUCGAAUUGUGAGAGAGAAGCUCUCAGUUUAGUAUUUGCGGUCAGAAAGUUCCAUAAGUACAUUUAUGGGAGAAAAGUCCAGGUCUUUACAGAUCAUGCGAGUUUAAAGGAAAUAUUCGGCAACAUAAAACGAAGUAGUGCAGUUGCUACGGCAAGAUUAGCCAGAUGGGCGAUACAGUUGGGCAUGUAUGACCUCAAUAUACAAUACAGAAAAGGUACACAAAACGGCAAUGCGGAUUUUCUCUCAAGAUUCCCUAUAAACAAACCUACGGGAAUUAAAGAAAUCAAAAUUAAUUUUUUAGAUAUAAUUGGAGUCAUUCCGUUAACAGAGCAUGAGUUGAUUAAAGAAACUGCGAAAGAUAAAGUUUUACAAGAAUUGAAAAAGUUGAUUAAAACAAGAUAUCCUAAAGAUCAUGAAGUUCAAAAUAAUGCAUUAAAACCUUAUUUACGAUUCAAGGCGGAUUUAACGAUUAACAAUGAGUUGAUUUAUCUGGGAAAUCGGGUAAUAAUUCCAGAAAGUAUGCGCGAGAAUGUUUUGAAGUUAAUUCACGGCGGGCAUGAGGGAAUCGUAAGAGUCAAAAUGUUGGCCAGGUCAUGCUGCUGGUGGCCUCGAAUUGAUUCCGAUUUAGAAACAAUGAUCGCAAGUUGUGAAAUUUGUCAGAAACAUUCAUCCAAACCAGCAAAAAUAUCUUUAACGCCUUGGAAAAAAUCAGAAGGUCCAUGGGAAAGAAUCCAUAUUGACUUUAUGCAUUUCGGGGGUAAAACGAUCUUAAUUGUAGUUGACAGUUAUUCCAAGUACAUGGAUUUAUACUUGAUGACCAAUUCUAACGCGGAGGACGUUAUUUCGAAACUGAGAAAUUUGUUUUCUACUUGGGGUUUACCACGAGUAUUAGUUUCGGAUAACGGACCACCAUUUUUCUCAAGAAAAUUUCAAAAAUUUUUAGAAGUAAAUGGUAUUAAGUAUGUAUCCACACCACCCUAUCAUCCGAGUUCUAAUGGGUACAAUCAUUGUCCGACUACGACGACGAAGUGCUCACCCAGUAGUUUUCUACUAAGCUACACACCCAGAUCAUCGGUUACGAUUGUUGAUGACGACACUAGCACGAACACGGACGAAUCUCAGAAGGUAUCUGGCAAGGAGCCAGUAAAGAGGAAGGACAAGUCAGAAUCCUCCAAGGAGGAAGGAUCAAAGCUUGUAAAAGGGGGAGAAGCAGUACGCAUGAAGCGUAAAGAAAAGGAAACACUUGAAGUGGGACAAAAGGUUUAUUAUUGUUCACCGUUUGGAUGGAGAAUAGGCACAAUUGCCAAGCGUUUGUCUAAAGUGGUUUAUAUAAUCACUAUAAAUGGAAAUCGAAUUAAGGUACACCGCGACCAACUGAAGAAGUACACUCCGAACAUUAAAUCUGGCGAAUCUUCACCAAAUCCUGUAGAAAGAUCAUCGACUACAAGUUCGACACCCUGUUCAACAGGAACCGCAUCACGAAGUCCGAGGAACUCAACAGACGAUGAUGUUUUCUAUAGUCCAGCGGCAUUGUCACACCCAACACCGAGAUUGAUAGAGACACCACGCCGAAGCGGCAGGUUAUUGUCAAGACCGCGAAUCAAUUAUAAAGUGUAAAUUAACUUUUUAAAAAAUUGUAAUAAUUUUUGAAUAAGCGAGGGGAAGUGAUGUGUCCCAACCCAAUCUAUAUAAACGCAUGUAAUUGCAUUCAAUAAACCAGUCUACUCUCAACCCUCGAAUAGUUCAUAUACUUUAAAAACUUUAAAAAUUAGCUAAUCGUUCAUUAAUUCAAAAUUCUUCAAAACGAUUUUUCUUUUACGAUUUUUAGCUCUCCAUGCCCCAGAUAAAAAACUCAAUAGUUGGUUGAAAACUCCAUAGUUAAAAAACUCCAUAUUUAUAAAAACUCAAUAGUUAUAAAAACUCAAUAGUUAAAAAACUCCAUAGUUAAAAAACUCCAUAGUUAAAAAACUCAAUAGUUAUAAAAACUCCAUAGUUGAAAAACUCAAUAGUUAUAAGAACUCAAUAGUUAUAAGAACUCCAUAGUUAAGAAACUCAAUAGUUAUAAAAACUCCAUAGUUGAAAAAUUCCACAGUUAAAAAAACUCAAGUUGGUUGAAAACUCCAUAUUUAAAAAACUCAAUAGUUAUAAAAACUCCUCUGUGGAGUUUUCUCGCAACUGUGUACUUUUUGAUAUAAUCCACCUAACACAGAAUAUCUUUGAAGUUUUCCUACAAAUGAUGAGUAUGCUUGACCAACAUAAAGCUGGACGGCCUACAGGCCAAAAAAGCAGUUCUACUACGCAAAUAUGUGACUUAAAAUGUGCUAUUAAGCACAAUUUGAACCCGAACUUAGGGAAUCGAAUUUUACGACGAUUUGAGACUCCCUUUUUCUUAAAAAAUCGUUCUAAAUUUGAAACCAAGUUUAAAAACUUCAAACAAAUAUAUUUAGGUACGUCUAUAAUACGCGAAAUGUUUAAAAGCUAUAGUUUUUUGCCUAAAAAGUAAUAUUUGUGCAUCAAAAAUAUAGACGAAUCUACCGAAUCUUAACAAAUAAACCGAAUAUUGGCGAAUCAAUCGAAUCUAGGCGAAUAAUCUGAAUCUUGGCGAAUCAUCCGAAUUUUUAGCGAAUAAUCCGAAGAUUUUCAUUCAGAUAAACACCCCUUGGGGCAGGGGCAUGGAGAGCUAAAAAUCGUAAAAGAAAAAUCGUUUUGAAGAAUUUUGAAUUAAUGAACGAUUAGCUAAUUUUUAAAGUUUUCACAACCCACACUGCGCCUUCGGAUCACACACAUACAGAAGGCCCCUUUUGCUGGCCGCAUACUGUUCGCAAGUGGCAAAUUUGUCGAUGCUCAAAAUUCUACCUACCCUCCGAAGUCCGCAUAUGUCUAGGGUAAAUCCCUUUCGUACCCAGGUAGCCUUCUCUGUCCGCAAGUGUCGUAAAAUCAGCCAAGUCCGCAAGUGCGUUUUCCGCAAGUGCCGAGGCACCAAAUUAUUGUUUUAUUGCGAUUAUAAUAUCAACUGAUGAUAAUUAAUUAUGAUUAAUGAAUUAAAAUUUAAUUAUCAAUCAAAUUAAUUGAGAUCUAUGCAACAAAAAUCAUUUGAACCUCUUAGCCAAAUAAUAAUGAAGAAUUGCUCAAGAGAGAGCCUCGGUGGUGUAGUGAGUUAAAACACAACACCACGCCAUUCCCGGCCGAGGUUGCGGGUUCGAUUCCCGCUGCGGCUUGCCGUUCUGGCCCGUGUUUCCUUCUUUCCUUCUUUCCUAUCUCUUCUACAAAAUUUAUCCUUCCCAAUUUUGAGGCAACUGUGCCUUUCUGAAAGUUCUGGAGUCUGAUUGAGCCAUAAUUGGCGAAAAAAUUCUGUGGCCUAACGGUCAUCUUCUGCACCACCUCGGUGCCAUCUGUCUGGGAAUGAGGAGCUGCUUCCCAAUGUGUCUGUGCUGGCUAAUGCCGAUCUGUGUCUACACUAACUGCCCCCAAAGGGAGGAUCUGAUCGAUUGAAGGAGUGGAGUGAUCAACGCGGAUGCCAUCACUGAUAAUGACGACAUCUGCAAUCUCCAGCACCAAACAAGUCAACGAACUUCGGUGCUGUGUAUAUCUUCCAGUAUAUCAAUUAUUGUAUCGAAUAGAAUUUGAUUGUAAUUAGGUAUAAUGGAAUGAAUAAAAUAAUUUGAAUUUGAAAA